GUAAUUGUUUACAUACCCGUCAGCUGAUCCACUGUCGGCGUGUCUGUCGUUGCAUACAAAACGGUCUGCCUUGAGUGUGCUUUGCGUUCACGCGGUUUUAUUCGUGAGCAGUGUGUCCUCUUUGGUUAGCACCAUAAGAAAUUAAAGAUACUUGAAUCGUAUGAAUUGCCCGAGGUGAAUGAACUUUAGUUUUCUUUUGUCACAAGUGUUGAAUGUGGCUGGAGUCACAACUGAAGGCACAUUAACCAAACAAUUAUUGGAACAGUGUUGCAAGACUGUAUCAAUAUCUUCGUGGAAUACAGUUAUAUUGCUCAGUGUUCUCAGUUUAGUAUAGUUUAUUCAACCAUCACAAAACUGCAGCUUAUAUCUUAUAUAUAAGGUGGAUACUCUCAAAGCUUGAACAUUUCAUCAAUCUAGACAAAAUUUACAUAUGACAAUGACAUUGCCUAUCAAGAAUCUCCCUCACUUGUGUCAGCUUAUCCUGAGGUGUCACAGCACACACAAGAGCAUCAUUCCAAGAUGUGUCAGUGCUGUGCAUGCAAACAACUUUGGCUGCCGAUCUUUGUUCACGCACAACACGGAGACUUAUGUCAAACUCAAAGAGAAGGAGCUGCACGUCAAUCCAGGCUUUGGUGUUCUUCAUGUCUCUGGAACAAUUGACUUCCAUAUCAGGCCAACAAAUGUGCAGGAAUAUCCAGAUGCAGACCGAGCCUUUGUGGCAGUGCACGGCCUGCCCUCUGAGUCAUGUGAGGACGUCACCGUGGAGUUGACGGGCGAGCAGAGGGACAUCCUGACUGUGUGUGCAACACCAAAGUCACAGAGAGUUUUUUGUGAAGUGAUGGUACCCAUCAAGUAUGACCUUGAUGUAAAGUUGAUGGAUGAAGGACGGCUCAAGAUCUCGCAGAUGGAGUCUGAUGAAGUGAAGGUGUUCACUGAGAAUGGAGAAGUGAACAGUCGUGGCCUUAAAAGUCACAACAUUCAUAUCACCACCGAAAAUGGACACAUUACAUCAGAUGGCUCAAUACAAGGAAAUAUCUUCAUCAAUGCUAAAAAAACACAUAUGAAGGCCAAAAGGUUGCAAGGCCUAGCACUGAACAUUGAAGCCAAGGAGCUGAGCACUGAGAUAGAGUCCUCCUACAUGAACCAGGCUCAGAUCAAGGCUGACAAGGGAACCAUCAAGAUCAAUAACCUCCAUGGGUGCACUGAUUUAUUAGUCAAGCAAGGCCAGAUUGUUGUCAAUGGAUUCCAUGGUCAGAUAGCUGGCUUUAUGGGCUCUGGCAAGGUAGAAAUGCAAGUCACAGAAGUAACAGGGCAUUCAACUCUUCACCUGAAGGAAGGCAGCAUGAAGCUUUCAGUGCUGGACACUCCAAGGCACACUUUGGAGGUGAAGGCCCCCUCGCUGUCCUUGAGUGAAGAGGUGAGGACCUGCGGUACUCUCUCACAAGACAAUAGCCAAGUAUUCACCAUCAGCAGUGAUGACCCUGAGACGAAUGCUUUGCAGGCCACAGUUGUCAGUGGAGAAGCACACGUUGAUUGUCAAAACUGGUUUUCUACUCUCGGAAUCAAAUUACCCAACAAAUGAACAGUGUAAUAUGGAGAGAAAAUUAGGUGAUAUUAUAGCUAAGGUUCUUUUCAUCUUGUUGUGAAGAACCUGUUAAUUGAAAAGAGAAAUUGGAUAAUCUCAAUAAUUUUCAAGUAAUUUAUUUGUUCACUAUGUAAUAUAGCAUAAUUUAUUAAAUAUGACAAAAGUUGUCUAAUAAUUCAUUAAA